AUGAGCAAACCGAAAGUUUUCGUCACCCGACUGAUCCCCGAGGCUGGUCUGGACCUGGUUCGCGAGGCGUGUGAUGCCGAAGUGUGGAGCGAGCCGCUACCACCGCCGAUCGAGGUGGUGAAGGAGAAGUUGGCCGGCUGCCAGGGCUUGCUGUCGCUGCUCACCGAGAAGAUCGACGGAGAACUGCUCGACGCCCUGCCGGAUUUGAAGGUAGUGAGCAACUAUGCCGUGGGGUUCAACAACAUCGAUAUCCCGGCUGCCACAGAACGUGGCGUCUGCGUAGGGAACACCCCCGGAGUGCUCACCGAAGCCACGGCCGACCUGGCUUUUACGCUGUUGAUCUCCGCAGCCCGUCGGGUAGUGGAAGGGCAUCGAUACACCGUCGAGGGCAAAUGGAGGACCUGGGAACCUCGCGGACACAUCGGGCAGGACCUGAUGGGUAAGACCAUCGGCAUCAUCGGAAUGGGCCGCAUUGGCUACGCCAUGGCCAAGCGGUGCCACCUGGGGUGGGACAUGCAGGUCCUGUAUCACGAUCCAAACGUCAACGAACAUGCCGACCGCGACCUGAAAGCCAAACACGUCGAUUUCGAAACGCUGCUGGCCGAGUCCGACUUCAUUUCUGUCCAUGCCGACCUGAAUGAAACAACCAAAGGCAUGUUCGACUCGAAGGCCUUCAAGCAGAUGAAAUCCACGGCCGUCUUCGUCAACACCGCCCGGGGGCCCUUGGUGGUAGAAGCUGAUUUGACUGCGGCGCUCAAGCAGGGUGAGAUCUUCGCCGCGGGGCUUGAUGUAACCGAUCCCGAGCCACCGAACAUGGAAAACCCUCUGCUGCAACUCGAGAACGUCACCAUUCUGCCGCAUAUCGCCAGCGCGACGGUGUCGAGUCGAAACGGAAUGGCCCGAAUCGCCGCAGAGAAUUUAAUCGCUGGCGUUCGGGGUGAGGCGCUGCCUCACUGGGUGAACCCCGAGGUUGCCGAUCGCCGGCGCAGCUGA